AUGGUUCGUGUACGGCGGGGGUGCAAUUGUGUAUGCAGUUUGAUGAGGAGAAGGAACCUUGCUGUUUUUUUGCUCACUCUGGUUGGUGUCCUUGGACAGACUAGUCAAUUUUCUCUGCUUAAUGUAGCUCAACAGCUUACCACCAUAAAUCUGACUAGCCAUAUUAGUACCCUUAGCCUUGGUUCCCACUUUUCCCUCCGUACCUUACUGAACCUGUUCAAUCUCUUCAUCCUUCUAAAUCUACUAAGUGUGAUCAAUAGAAUCGCGACUUCGCAGCGCGAAGGAGAGAUAAAGAGUCGUCAUUACAAACUAGAACAACAUUUUCAAAAGUAUGGAAAUUUACUCCUAACGGAUGGAAGUGUACAGGGGGGGGAAUCGAAAAAGGGGAGUUGCACCACAUUGAUAUGUCCGUCAGAUGAG